GGGAGCGCCUGCGCUCAGGGAGUGCCAACCUCCCUGUUCUUCCAGAGCCUGAGUAAUGUGGAAGAUUCAGAUCCUCAACCUCUGGAGACGCGGUUCCUCUCACUGAACCCCUCUCCGCCCAUUUUAUCUUUCUAGUCCUGCGGACCUCCUUGGCGUCUCGGAGGCUGCUAGUCAGGCAAUCUGUUGGGCACUCCGAGCGCGGGGUCCUCGCGGCUUUCUCGGCUGCUUCAGCUUCGGUCCAGGGAGGACCCGGCACCGAAUCACUGACUCGCCCAGGUGUCGGGAAAAUGAUCCACAGUCUAUUUCUCAUCAACUGCUCUGGCGACAUAUUUCUAGAAAAACACUGGAAGAGCGUGGUGAGCCAGUCUGUCUGUGACUACUUCUUUGAAGCUCAGGAGAAAGCUGCUGAUGUUGAAAAUGUCCCACCUGUCAUUCCAACACCUCACCACUACCUCAUUAGUAUCUACCGGGAGAAGCUCUUCUUUGUGUCCGUCAUACAGACAGAAGUGCCACCUCUCUUUGUCAUUGAGUUUCUGCAUCGAGUUGCUGACACUUUUCAGGACUACUUUGGUGAGUGUUCAGAGGCUGCAAUUAAGGAUAAUGUUGUCAUAGUGUAUGAGCUCUUGGAAGAAAUGCUAGACAACGGAUUCCCACUGGCUACUGAAUCUAACAUUUUGAAAGAACUGAUUAAACCACCAACAAUUCUACGUUCCGUCGUCAAUUCUAUAACAGGCAGUAGUAAUGUUGGGGACACACUCCCCACUGGGCAGCUAUCCAACAUCCCAUGGCGUCGAGCAGGAGUGAAGUACACAAACAAUGAGGCCUAUUUUGAUGUAGUUGAAGAAAUAGAUGCAAUUAUAGAUAAAUCAGGAUCUACAGUCUUUGCAGAAAUUCAGGGCGUCAUUGAUGCUUGCAUUAAGCUCUCUGGAAUGCCUGAUCUCUCUCUCUCUUUCAUGAACCCAAGGCUGCUAGAUGAUGUCAGCUUCCACCCGUGCAUCCGGUUCAAACGUUGGGAAUCUGAAAGAGUUUUGUCAUUUAUUCCUCCAGAUGGGAAUUUCCGACUCAUAUCAUACCGUGUCAGCUCACAAAAUCUAGUGGCAAUACCAGUGUAUGUGAAACACAGUAUCAGCUUUAAGGAAAACAGUUCUUGUGGCAGAUUUGAUAUAACAAUUGGACCGAAACAGAAUAUGGGAAAAACUAUUGAAGGAAUCACAGUGACUGUGCACAUGCCAAAAGUUGUGCUGAAUAUGAACCUGACACCAACACAAGGCAGCUAUACGUUUGAUCCAGUGACCAAGGUACUAGCAUGGGAUGUGGGGAAAAUUACUCCACAAAAGCUCCCGAGUCUUAAAGGACUAGUAAAUUUACAGUCAGGAGCACCCAAGCCAGAAGAGAAUCCAAGCCUCAACAUACAGUUCAAGAUUCAGCAGCUUGCUAUUUCAGGUUUAAAGGUGAACCGCUUGGACAUGUAUGGGGAGAAAUACAAGCCAUUUAAAGGAGUCAAAUAUGUCACAAAAGCUGGGAAGUUUCAAGUGAGGACAUGAGAAGAGGCCAGAAUUCCUCAAGAUGUUUGUUUUUCAAGUGUCAUUACAGUUUAUUACUAUUAGGUACCAAGUGGGUGGGAAUACAUAUAAAGCAUUUGUGUCAGGCUGCACUGCUAACAAAGUUGCUUAGUAUCAAUGUAGGGUUCUUAAGGAGCUUUAAGCUAAGGAAAGUUUUCAAAAGACUUAGCUUAUUUUCUAUCUUUUCACUUGGGAAAAGAUUUAGAUGAUUUCUUCCAAGGGGGCUACCAGCUGAAUGCUGCACAUUGUACAGUAAAGGCAGAAGGCUACAUCGAGCGGUAGCCUCUCUCCAAAAGCCAGUGAACUGGUCUCAUCCACCAGCAGGAACUGUCUCAGCCGGGAUGUGUCAUGUGCAGCCAAGUGUCACACCUUCUGAUCUUAGCCAUCUCAAAUCAGUGUCUGUCCCACGAGAGGAGAUUCCCCCACCCCAAGAAGUUUACAGAAAACUGCCUCUUCAAGUGUUUGCCUUACUCAGCUCUUCACUUGUGCCAUUAAGCAAGCACUGUAGCAAAGCCACUUCCACAUGGCCCGGCAGGGAGCACUGCUGCUCCGUGCUCCAUUCUCACUGACUUGGUAUUAUAUUUUUUAUAAAUAAGAUUUUUAUGUAAAGCUCAGAUUUUGAUUUACAAAGACCUUGCUGCAGUAGAUAUACCAUCAGCCAUCAGUUCAGCUGCUAGAUAGCACAGUCAAAAUCAUUUGCAUCAAAGGGGCAAAUACUUUAUUAAGAGAAUAAAAGGGAACACUACUUCUGCUUUUAGGAAGUUAAUGCAGGCACAAGUGUUUGUGCUUUUAAAUUAAAGUAGUAAAAGAAGAUUAAGCAAAA